CCGACCGAGCCUCAGAUGCGGUACAUCUUGCUCCACAGCAGGUUCCCCUUGACCGUCUCCUCCUUCACCGAGGCAGCCACGCGUCGACAGCCGCUGUGUCCUUGCUGUUCGGGGGUCAAACCUUGCAAUGAUCUCGCUGGACCUGAAUUUUAACGUUUUAACCACCGACCUGUCGCAUUAUCUGGAGAAUCAAGUCAAAGUUGGACUCUUCGGCUCCGGGGUUGGACUGUCUCUGGUGCUGGGCUUCAGUGCAGCCUACACCUGCUACUAUCUGGUUUCGGUCGCCAAGAAGCCACAGCUCAUCUCCGGGGGCCGGAAGUUCUACCAGUUUCUGAGGGAGCAAUGUCCAGUGGUGUCGGAGACCUAUUACCCCACCUUCUGGUGCUGGGAGAGCCGAAUCCAGACUCUGCUGCGGCCUUUCGUCACAGCCAAACCUGGGGUGGUGUACAGGAAUGAGCUUAUUAAAGCAGCAGAUGGAGGGCAGAUCUCUCUGGACUGGUUCGACAACCACGAUAGCCUGGCUCAUCCCGAGCCGGCCACCAGACCCACCGUCCUCCUGCUGCCGGGCCUGACCGGCACCAGCCGCGAGUCCUACAUCCUGCACAUGGUCCAGCAGAGCCGGGAUCUGGGUUAUAGAUGCGUGGUGUUCAACAACAGAGGAGUCUCUGGAGAAACGCUGCUGACUCCGAGGACCUACUGUGCUGCCAACACCGAGGACCUGGAGACGGUGCUGGAGCAUCUCCAGCGGACGUACGCAGCUGCUCCCAUCAUGGCUGCCGGAGUGUCCAUGGGCGGGAUGAUGCUGGCCAACUACUUGGGGCGCAAAGGCCGGGAAACCUGCCUGAAAGGGGUGGUGGUCUUCUCCGCCGGCUGGGACGUGUUCGAGUGCACCGCCUCCCUGGAGAAACCGCUGGACCGCUUCCUCUUCAACUCCUACCUCACCAGCUGCCUACAAGCCUCCGUGCACAGGCACCGACCCGUUCUGGAGAAGAGCUACGACAUUGAUCACGUGAUGAAGGCGAAGACCAUCCGAGAGUUCGACGAGCGCUUCACCUCCAUCAUGUUCGGCUACCCCACCAACGACGACUACUACCGCGACGCCAGCCCGGUGCACCGGCUCAAGUCGGUGCAGGUGCCCAUGUUGUGUCUCAACGCGGCGGACGACGUCUUCUCUCCGUCACACGCCAUUCCUGUGGAAGCCGUCAAGCAGAACCCCAACCUGGCGCUGCUCAUCACCUGUCACGGGGGUCACAUCGGCUUCCUGGAGGGCCUGUGGCCCCGCCGGAGCACCUACAUGGACCGGGUCUUCAAGCAGUUCGCCAAGGCCGUCAUCGAGCAGGGCAGCCGCCUGCAGGACCUCUCCUGACUGCUGUCCUCCUCUCUGUCCUCCUCUCUGUCCUCCCCUCUGUCCUCCCCUCUGUCCUCCCCUCUGUCCUCCCCUCUGUCCUCCUCUCUGUCCUCCUCUCUGUCCUCCUCUCUGUCCUCCCCUCUGUCCUCCCCUCUGUCCUCCCCUCUGUCCUCCCCUCUGUCCUCCCCUCUGUCCUCCCCUCUGUCCUCCCCUCUGUCCUCCUCUCUGUCCUCCUCUGAGCUUCCCUCACCUCCAUCACUCCCUCCUGUCCCGUCCAACAAGCAAAAAAGGAACGCCAGUUCCUCAUCCAAAGGGCACAGCUUCUUCAUGACAGGCUGUUCCCAUUGAGUCUGUAAUUUAGUGCAAUUCUUCUCAAGUACUGUACAUAGGAACCACCUGCGGAGCUUCUUUGGCUUCUCCAGUAGCAGUGUAGCCCCUCAGGGAUUUGCUUUCCUCCACCCUCCUGAGAGCCUCGCACUUUUUCAAAGCACCUUCCUGACGCAUUUUAAAGAGGCGAGGGUCCGUCCCAUCUGAGUCGGGGGGGGGUCUUGUUCAGCUGCAUCUCUAGGCUCCGCCUCCUUCCUCUUCCCUGAGGGUCCUCUGUGAGGCCUUUCACACUCACGGGGUUCUGGUUCUGAGGCCGGUGCCGUUCGGGAUUCUCAGAACCUCGAUGGGUUCUGUUGAAGUAGCAGUUUAAGCGAGACUGAAGUGGGAGGGGCUUGGAAGCGUCACUCAGGUGGAAGCAACCAACCCACGACUCGCAGAGUCUGAGGGUCUGAAAAGGUUGGUUGCUUUACUGGGACCAUUUGUUUGCAUACAAUAAUCAAGCCAUUAACCUCACAGGAGACAUUGGGAUGCAACUAGAGCGAGAGCGUCCUUCAUCCAGCUCUCAGACAGACACGCCCACUGAUGAUGUCACGCCUCUGGUUCCAGCUCCUGAACUGGCUGUUCCGGUUCCCGACCUGUUCUGAACACGUGGCCGGUUCAAAGUAGCACGAGGAACCCGAGCAGGUGUGAGGGGCCUCUGUGAGGACCAAACUUUGGACUCCGUUCAGAUGAGAUGAGAUGCUGGUCAGCUGGAGCUCAGUCAGGAAGGAAUUCCGCUGGAGUUUCCGUCCUCUCUGGACUCGGACCCCCCUGAUCCAGAUGCGUUUGAUGCACUGAGGUGUUUUUAAUUUGCACAGCUGCCCCGCAGUAGCUCUGGGAGUGGGGUGAAGGUUCACCCCACAACAUGGCGCUGCAUGAUCACCACCUCCUCUCCCAGCAUGCACUUUUGUUUCGCACCUUUUCUGAACGACGGAUGAAUGACCACUGCGACGAUGGGGGGGUGGCCACUGUGUGUGAGUUGGCUGGGACAGACAGGUGGCGCCGUGUGUUCCGUCCAGCAGCAUGUGCGUCAUCGCGUCUGUGUUGCAUCGCUCUCCGCACCACGGGAAAUAACUGCAGUAGUCGCGUGACGGCAGCGUCAUAUACUACAAUAUUUAAUAUUUAAUAAAGAGUCCAGCGGAGUCCUGCCUCGCUGUCUUUGCUGUGGGAGCGAAUCUCUUCGUGGGGCUUCAGUGGCCGCGCCGCAGUGGCGGGAUUAACUUGCUGAUGUGCAGCCGUGGACAUGAUCCAGUGACGGCGAUACGUAAUCCCCCGGCCGUGCACUUUCACCCCCCCGAGACAGAUGAGCUGCGGUGGCUAGCGCCGUGCCCCAAAAGCUUCGGGAUGGGACGACAAGAGAGGACGACUCGAGCGCGCACGUGUUUGAGGAUCACAACUGAUGACAAAGGUCGCACAUGUGAAGACAUCAUUGACCUUGACCUUGACCUUCCUGUUGUGUUUUGACUCGAACGGCAGAUUCCGGAGUCAGCUUGGUCUUGGUCCUGGACUUGGGCGAGGUGGUCCACACAUGCUGACCCCAGUCCUCAGAUGAAGGUCCUGCAGUCUCGGAUCCAACAGCAUGUCACAGAUGCUCACGUGUGGAGAGCUGGAGCAAAGAAACCCACCGUGGACUGUGCACCCAAGAGCGGAACCUUAAGAUUUCAGAAGUCACUUUAAUACAUUCAUACAUAUUUUACCACCAACAACCGGCUAUGACGUCACAUGACCACAGCCUGCCACCACUCCUGUGACGUGAGGUAGACCACCCGGACACUCGGUUGUUGACACGAGAGUGAAGAUUGUGAGAGCAAGUUGCAUAUCAGGAUUUCACAUUCCCAAACCUCUUCUGCACACAGCGCUGGCAGCUCCAGUAGUGCAAGUGAACCACCCCUCCCCCGCGACAUUCAGUAGAUCCUACAAUCAUUGGCUUGGCUCUUGUGCAAAGCUUUCAGCUCCGGCGGCUCCGGAAGCCAGCUGAAGCGUAACAAACACAGGUCAAUAAAUAAAGUCCCUUCGCAGCGCUGAUGGGGAUUUAAAAAAAGCAGGCGUGACGGGCCGCAGCAAGGACACGUCUAGGUAGAUUCUUUCGUCAAAAUACACUGGCUAACAUCGACAUAAAAGCCCGGCCGGUCUGGGGCUUGGUAAUAUAUUACUAAUGUAAACACGUUUUAAACAGUACAGUCGUCCGAACCCUCCUGCCCAGUCGGACGAUCACAUUCUUCAUUCGCCUCACAGCUCCCUCCUUCUCAUUGGUCCGAAUCAAAAAGUCACUUAAGGCCUCGUCUUUGGGCGACCCUGUGCAGGAACAUUGUCCUUUCAAGUAUGUGAAACGGAUUUGGGGAAAGUCCCGCGAGAGUCGCGUCCCAGGGCGGCGUGAGCUCCAGCUCGCGCCAGCCACGGGGCGGGAAGUGAGAAACAACACUGCGUUCAAGGUCACAACUUUGGCAUGUUCAUCCAUUCACUUAAAAACACCUGCCCCCGUUUAAAAGGUGGGAUUCAACACUGUCUGUGCCGUAAAGCCCCUAAUAAGUGAGCAAAAUAUUUAACUUAGGGGGGGUUUACACGCCAGCAGCAGCGUGGAAGGUGAGGACAAUGAUUUAAUCCCGUCAUGUGCAUCUGUUAAGGGCUCGACAGCCAAGCAACAGGAUGGAUUUGAAUUUCAGGGUUCAAGGAAAGUUGGGUUUCCCCCCCCCCCGUGGUUGGAAGAGGUGAGGGCGGUGAGUGCAGGCGGCGUGACGGUGAGCGUGAGGGUGAAAGACAAGGUGCAGCUGAGAGCGUCUCCGGUGCCAACAUAAAUGAAUACCUGGGAAAAGUGGCGCAACAGAGUGGAGACCUUCACCCGGGACAGUGUCCCAUUUCCUUUGGAACCCUGAGAUCAACACCUACGUCCAGGCGGGACGUAGCUGACGUACAAUCAGUCUCACUUUCUUCUUCUUCAGUCGAGUAUGAGCUGAGUCCAGCGAGAGCGCACGCGCUGACCCCGUCCUCAGCGAAUGAAAGCGGCACAUUCGCGGCUGCCGGCUCAAACGUGGCGUCCGGUGAGGAAGUAGAGCGGCCGGUCCUCGCUGCAGUUGGCCGUCUGGAACUCGUCCCGCAGGCGGAACUGCCACUCGUCCUCCAGCUCCAGCCGGACGAUGGUCUGGCGCAGGGAGCUUCUGUCCUGGCAGAUGACGCAGAGGGUGGCACCUGGGGAGACCAGCAGGGGGCGUCAGCAUCCAGACCGGGGACCCAACACUGGGUUCUCACCUUUGAGGAAGCGGAACUUCUUCAGGAGCCCGGAGACCACGAAGGAGUCGCAGAGGUACAGCAGCAGGCCACUGAACACCAGACCCUGGUGGUUGAGGUUGGUGGAGUGUGGGCGGGAGUUGAUGUAGCACACGGCAAUCUGUGGCGGGAACAGAGGGAUUAACGGGCCGAAGACGGCUCAGGGCCCGGCGCCCGGUCCUCCCUGACCCGGCUCGUACCUCCGGGCUGAUGUUGAGGUAGCUGUCGACGGACAGAACCGGGUUGUUUGGGUUCAGAACCGCUUUAGGGAAGAGUCGGUGGCUGCAGCUCUGCAGGAACUUCUCCAGCAGGAACUGGGCCGGGGCGUCCAGCAGGGUCUGCUCGCUGUCUGGGGCGCACACGUACUGGGACGGGCUGAUGGGAGCCGGGUUCUCCAUGUCCUGAGCGGGAGCAGGAGUCAACAUGAGGCUGAGAGGAUUGGACCUGCCUCA